ACUUUCUCGUGUAGUGAAUAGUUGAGUGGUGACUGACGAACACGAAUUAACAAAUUCUUAGAGUCGCUUAUAUACAAACAAGCCUGGACAUAUGUCCCCAAGUAUUACAGAGCAUACUGAAAGCAGAACCACAAAAGCAUCGACAGGCCUAGCGCGGCUUGCAGCUGUCCACACUAUCCAGCUCACUCAAGCUCUGUCCAAUUGUGUUGGUGAUCUUCAGAUGUUGUCUGAAUUUCCUGGCCUCUUGUCCUUCUUCCUGAAAGACGCACGUACCAGGUAAGGUAGGUCUUAGUCUCCUCGGGGGAUUUUCCGUUCGCCGCAGCGGUCGCGCUCCAGUCCGGCUGGAGGAAGGUAACAUCUGUGUCCAGGACGGCAACCUCCGAGGCCUUGAGGGUCUUGUCGGGGAAAUCUGCUGCCCACAAUAUGCUCACGCUGGUACGAUACAUAUCCUGCAACCGUACGGCUUGUGCUCCGGCCAGAGCCCUUUUGAACUCUGGAUACUGGUUAUUCCAGACGUCGGCAAAGCCUGGGGCAGUGCUACCGCGUGUGGACUUGACAAUGUCGGCGAUUCGCUGGAGCGUUCAGGCUCGUACUGUGUUUGCUUAUUUUAUACUCUCAAACACAGCAGGAUACACUUCCGACGAUAGGAAAACUGAGAUCCAGCUUACUCUGGAUACCCACAUCGAUGCAUUCGCACUCAACAUGGCGGCUGGAGAAAGUACCACUACUACCUCUCUCCCAAACGCCUUUGCGGCUGCUCAAAAGCUCAAGUUCCACCUGUUUUUCUUGUUCGAUUACGCUGGCAACGGGCCUUGGGACAAGAACGAUGUCGUAAGCCUGCUGGGCCAAUAUGUGACUGCUGUGGCCCUGGCCGAUGGGGUAGCAGACAGCCUUUUCAGUUGGGCUGCCUGGCCCAACGGACCCAACGACAUGAAUACGUAUGUGGAUGCGUCGUAUAUCCAGUACUUAGAUAAGAAGCCCUACAUGAUGCCGAUCUCUCCAUGGUUCUUCACCAAUAUGCCCGGAUACGACAAGAAUUGGCUGUGGCGUGGUGACGAUCUCUGGUAUACUCAGUGGGAACAGGCACUCUACCUCGCUCCGGAGUUCAUCAAGAUCAUAUCCUAG